UAUCAUGCUUGAAGGGAAUCACUGAAAAAGAAUAGUGAUCAAACUUUAUCGAUUUUUUUUUUCUAUAAAGGAAUGCCUAUCUAUUGUUCUAUUAGACUUCAGGCUUUAUCCAUGAGUUGUUGUGCACCGAAGACUAACUCUUGUGCACCGAAGACUAACUCUCUGAUGAGGCCACCGAUGAACAGCCUCAAAGAAGAUGUUCUGCUUCGAGUUCCCGGUGCUUCAGUUCAUCUCUUGGAGGAUUCGGAGCCCGUAGGACUGGCAAAGGGUGACUUCUCGAUCAUCAGAAUCACCGAAGGAGGUGUGGUACUGGCCACCAAAGCCAAGGUUGGUCUUGACCUUCAAUGGCCUCUGACCAAAGAUGAGCCGGUUGUCAAGCUUGAUCAACUUCACUAUCUCUUCUCACUACCCGAUAAAGACGCUGGUUUCUUGAACUAUGGCGUGUCUUUCUCUGGACCGGAUGGUCGAUUGGCUCAACUCGAUGAAUGUCUAAAAGAAUUUGUGUGCUUUAGUUACAAUGAUCGACAAAGUUCCCGGAAAACAGGUCCUUCUUAUGAUGUACAUUGGAAGGACUAUGCUCCGAAGAUUGAGGACUAUAAUAGUGUGCUGGCCAAGGCCAUUGCUCAAGGGACUGGAGAGAUUGUAAAGGGUAUCUUCAAGUGCAGCAAUGUUUACACCAAUCAAGUUCAAAAAGGAGCUGAUUUGAUUCGAUACGGCGAAAAAUACAAAGCUGAAACCAAACCGAGAACCAACAAAAACCCUGGAGAAAUUAACAAGACAAUACGUCGGGUGAGAAAGAUAUCAGAGACAACAGAGAAGAUGAGCAGAGCUUUGCUUGAGGGUGUUCUUACAGUGAGUGGAGCAAUGGCUGUGCCACUGAUUCAGUCCAAAGCCGGCCAGGCGUUCUUCGGCAAGGGUCCUGGAGAAGUCAUGCUGGCCUCCUUGGAUGCCAUGAACAAAGUAUUGGAUGCUGUGGAAAUUGCUCAAAGGAAAGCCCUUGCAGCUACAUCAACUGCUGUGACUGGUGAAGUGACUAAGAGGUUCGGCGAAAAUCCAGGAGAGGUGACUGAGGAUGUGUUUGCAACAGCCGGGCAUGCAGUUGGGACGGCAUGGAACUUGCUGAAGAUCAGGAAAGCUGUCAAACCUUCUUCACUGCCUUCAAAUAUGUUGAAGAAUGCAGUGAAAAGAGGCUGAUACAGGAAAUGUGUGUGCUUGUGUGUCUGUAUGUGUGAUGUGUUACUUGCUCACAAAAUCAGUUUAAAUUAUGUCUGCAUGUAAUCUCCAACAUGAGAUGUUCUGUUUGUAAUGAAAAAUCAGGUGCCAACAUGAUGGAUGAUACCCUAAUCUUUAAUCUUUAA